AAAGUUGGACUGAAAAAAUCUGUUUUUUUGCUAUUUUCCGACUUCAAACAGCCAUAAAAUUGCAGGAACAGCACCAAAUGACUUGAAAUUUGGCAUAGAAGUCAGGUUUUAUGUCCUCUACAAGAAAAAAUUCACUUGAGAAUGUAAUUCGAAAAAGUCCCAAAAUCAGUGCAGUUUUUAAUCUCAAGCACAUUUUCAUAUGCCUAUAAGCCAUUCCAUGAAUUCUUUGGAUUUAAUUGUUGUAUCCUUUCAAAAUGUCGAAGGUGUGACAAUUUUCAGAAUCGCCUGCCUUAGCAGAGAAUAUUUCGUCUUAACAAAUCUCAUUUUAUUGUUCUUAUUAAUAACUUAUUCUAUAUCCAUCAUUAUUAGGCUGUCCAUCGAUUUUUGCCGAUUUCUGUUCACUUUUUGGUCCCGAUUUAAUCUCUAUAAAAGCGGGACACAGAACAAAUUUUUAAGUAUUUUUAAGAAAAAUAGCUUCAAAAAAGCGGGACAUUAAGAAUUUUAGACAAUAUUAUGGUCAAAAAAAUGAGACUGUCAAAAGGACGCAGUUGGACAGCCUAAUAAUGAUGGUUAGAAAACAAAAUAAAUAUUUAUUUCAUAAAUAAUUCAAGUUUCUAAACGCAUCGAUUACGUGUUUUUCAUAUGAAAUAAAAAAAAUCAUUAAUUAAAGUUUAAAUACAAUGUUUUAAGACUUUUAACUGUUCGGCCGGCCAAUAACUCGAUAGAACUGAGCUAAUAAAACAAACCCAACCUCUCUACGAUGUUUGGUUAAAAAGUUUUUCUUGCCCCGAACAGCCGAACAAAGUGUAUUAUUAAGCUACCUUUUAGAAACAAGUUUCAAAAAUGCGCUAAAAACUGUAAUUAAAUUGAGUGUUAUUAAAAUUCGACUUAAUAGUCAAUUUCAUUUUAAAAUAAAUUUUUCAUUUUUUCCGUCGGAUUUGUUUUGAUUUUAAAAUUAGAAUAAAGUAAUGUGAGAUCAUUAAUCAGCAAUUAGAUGAUUGCCAUGGCUUUAUGGAUGUAGGAAAAUCCCAAAAAAUAAUAUUUGAUAUAAACCAAGCUGUGUAAUAAAAUUUAUUUUAAAUUAUGUGCGUUCUAUUAUCGCAAAAUAUUCCUUCUUCUUGUUGAUGCUGUGUGACCAAAAUAAAAAUUAAAAUGAUGUGUGAAUGUGACAAGUGAGAACAUUGCUUGAUUAUUCAAAAUUAUGCUGAUUAUUUAUGAGAAAACAUCAAAAGAAGGCUUAGAAUAACGUGUUUUGGGGGUGAGGUGAGCUUUGAAAAGAUAAUUUUUGAAGAAAUAGAGGAACUGAGAGUGAAAUAGAGAACAUACCACUUUUUUCCCAUUUAUUUUUAUGUUUUCUGGACGAAUUAAAACAAAUUAUAAAAGAAAAAUGAAAAAAAAAUAGAACACGUCCUCUGAAAAACUAAGCAGAUUGACCGUCUAGCCUUUGAAUCUCUUGAAUUAGGUUCAGUAAAGACAACCCUUCGUAAUAUCAUAAUUUACUGUAAAAAGCAAAUUUUGAUAAAUAUUAAUAAAAUCUUAAAGAAGCAAUAAUGAAUCGAUAGACUCUCCUCUGUCUUAAGCCAUUUAAUGCAAUAUUUAUUUUGAAAACUCAGUUAAUUUUGAAAAAUAAAUUUUACUUUGUAUUUGAUAGGCAACAAGUCCAUUUUUUGCUACAUGCAAAGAGUAAAUUAACUGAAAAAACAAAAUAAAAAUAAAACACAGUGAAAAAGGAGAUAAAAAGAAGAGGCCAGCUUCAGAAGCUGCGUAAAGUUUUAGUUAAUUCGCUACUUUGCUGUGUGCUUGACUGAAUAAAAACCAUCAAAAAUGGCAGUCGCUGCUAAAAACGUUGCGAUGAAGUCAUCAAAAAUCAAAUGGUUGAGAGAUUUAGACAAUUUAGAGGUUAAAAGUCCUGACCAAAGACAAGACAGAAGUCGAGAAAUUUGGUUCAAAAUAAAAUUAUAUCUUCAAAAUCUUCCAGUUAUUCGCAAUAUCAGACUGGACUUUAGAUUCGGUGAUAACAGAACAAGUGAGACUUUAGGAACUCAGCAUGUGACGAUUCCAAGAAUUUAUGAGAUGGUACCAGACGUACCGCCUCCACCUGUAAUUCGUCCAGAAGAAUGGGAGCAAAGUAUAGGUACCAGAGACAAUCAAGGGCUCGGAUCGGUUCGACGCAAUAAUGAGAUUUUUCAAACCAGCUCAACUAAUCCUCCAACUAACCGACAGGAAAGUUAUGAAAUAAGUCCUUAAAGUACCGAUAAAAUCAGUAAAAUCCAGAACGAAACUGAUUUAAAAAUCCUGAUGAGUUAUAAAGCUAAAAGAGCCGAUAUGAUUUAAAUUAAGUUUUUUAUGAAUAUUUUUUUUAAAAAAGAUUUUUAAAAAAUUACUGUUUGGAAUUCAACGUUUUACUUCUUUUAUCCACAAGUUCAAUUCAAUAUUGUUUUGUAAUAGUUUGUUAAUAUAAAAUUUCAUAACCAAUAAUCUGAAUAAGUUCAAUAAUUUUAUACAAAAUUUUUAUAAUAAAUUAAUUAAGAAUAUUACUAUCAAAUAUGGGUGUAGUCAGUUUAAGAUGGUAUAAGAUGGCUUAAUGAAGUCUAAGCCCUAAACAUCAUGUCAAAUAUUCCACUCAAAAAAGUAAUCUAGCUUCCGUCAUGAUUAAAAUCGUUUGAAAUCUUAAUAAGGGGCUGUUCACUUAUUACGUAACGCGAAAAAAUGCCUUUUUAGACCCCCCCCCCCUAGUAACAAAAUUUGUAUGAAAAAAAAAUUUCCUUGUUUGAACCGUAACAAAAUCUUAGACCCCCCCUCCCCCCCUAAAAGCGUUACGUAAUAAGUGAAUGGCCCCUAAGUAAACCUUAUCGAAAAAAUAAAAAAAAACCGACUUACACCCAAUUUUCAAAUGCAAAAUAUUCAAAAAAUAUCAAAAAAGUUUAAAACAAUCACAAAAUUCAAUAAAAACUUUGACUAAAUGUCAAAAUAUUU